UUAUGGCGUCCAAUAAGUGGAUGGAUAUUGACUACAAUCGCGUCGCCUCUAAGUGUAUGCAAAAGAAUAAAUCGGUUUUCAUUAAACACGACAAACAAAGGUUUGAAGAGUUCUUGGCCUCAAAGACAACCAUUUCCGGCGCUGUCCUCAAACCGGUGGAAAUGGUAGAAAGAGGCAAAAAAUUAAUGCAUUCUGAAGCUGAUAAGCUUGAGAUUGAAGUUCUCGAAAAGCAAUGGCUCUCACUUUGCGAAGACAUUAAGAAAAAGGGCGGUGGUCUAUUGGACAACGCUAUAGCUGUGUGUGAUGUGAGCGGUUCUAUGGAUGGGACGCCUAUGAACGCAGCCAUUGGUCUCACGAUUCUAACCAUGUAUUUAUCGCAAGAGCCCUGGAAUUCAAUGUGCAUUACAUUUAGCGCGACCCCACAAAUUCAUAUCGUGGACCCGAAUCUUACUUUUAUUGAGAAACUUGGAGCCAUGCAAGGAAUGGAUGCGGGAUAUAACACUGCUUUAAAUUUAGUUUUUGAUCUGAUUUUGCAUAAGUCUGUUGAACAGCGUCUCCGAAACGAUCAGUUGCCGAAAGUGUUGAUAGUGUUCACAGACAUGGAGUUUGACGAGGCUUUUCCUGACGAGGAUAAUCUAACCAACUUCGAGGCCGCACAGCAAGACUUUGAGGCCAAAGGUUAUAAAUUGCCGCCAAUUGUAUUCUGGAAUCUGAGGACUUCCGCGUCGACACCCGUGCAGACCAAUGAAGUCGGAGCCGCACUUCUCUCCGGAUAUUCCGGACAACAAAUGUCACUAAUCUUAAAGACUAAAGACUUCGAAAAAAUGACUCCCUAUUCGAUGAUGCGAUCGGCUAUUGAUAACAAAUUUUUAUUAUCGAUGGCAAUAUCGGAUGUG